AUGAACACAACACAAUACAAUGCGUCCGAAGAUCGUUCCAUACUCGGCAUCGGCUCUUUCUUUUCUAAAUUUGUUCGCCCAAGUCGCUCCCACUCCUGUGAAGUCGACGAGAACGAUAGAGAGUGUUUUUCCAGUCAAAGUCAUAACAGCGAAUAUACCAUCUCUCAUUCAGACCCUCCCAGCUAUAAGAGUACCGAAGACGCAAAGAUGGCGAGCUGCCAGUGGAUGCCAUACACGUUCAGGCCCUACUUUAUUGGUCUUUUGAGUCUUGUCGCCCUCGGCCUCUGUCUGGUUACAUUUUUACUUUGGUGGAAGUCGUCAAAUAAUUAUGGACUCGGGCCGGAUAAUGGCUCCUCUUCUCUACUGCUUGGCUGGAGAUACAGUCCAACAAUGAUCGCCGUGAUCUAUAUUCAAUUGACCGCCAUGCUUUUUGACGACGUCAAGCGAACGGAACCCUAUGCUCGUCUAGCCCGAACUGAGGGGUCAAAGGCCUCAUCGAGUAUUCUUCAGACCCCCGGGCCAUGGUGGGUUGCGAUAUACGACGGAUUUGCCAAGAAGAGGAAUGGCAGGCGCAGCGAGGUCCUGAUAUUCGCAUCCUUAUUGAAUAUUCUGGGGAUCUUGGCGAUUUCGCCACUUUCAUCCGCCUAUCUAUAUUCUGAAGAUUUGGUCGUACCGCACAGCCAAGAGUUCUAUCGCCUUUCUCCUAUAACAGAAUCUCCACUUCCCAUCGGUGCAGAUCGCUCUACCCACUUUCGAGCAAUAUCCAACUUGCUGCAAAAUGUCUCAACAUCACCCUGGAUUACGAACAAUUAUACUAUCUUGCCAUUCUGGCCAACUACCCUACACGAUAGCCACCUAGACUCCUUGCCUUCCGAUUCAUCCCAGAAAUGGCAAGCAGAGACGACGAUGUUUAAAAGCGAGCUCAGUUGCACUAAAAUGAAGGUUGAUUCACAAGUUUCUGGAAAUUGGUCCUACAAUCCUAGGAUGGAGAAAGUUGAGUCUAUCGCUAUCGAUUGGUUAUCCUCAGAUGGGUGCAAAUAUGGUAUCAAAGCCAAGGAGGCCUUUUUCAAGACUGGUGGGUGCAGCUGGUCCAAUACAUCUGCAUUCUUCUAUGGUCAAGGUGCCAUAAUCCCUUCAGAAAAGUCAGCAUCUUCUACUUCCUCAAUUGAAUGCAAAAAUCGAGAAGUCAUCGUUGCAACAGAGCCGUGGACAGAUACGAGUGGCUCGUACGUGGCACAUCUUUGCGAAACGAGAUACUACAUGGCAAACAUAACGGCAACCGUUGCGUUAUCCGGAAUGGACCCGGAGAUAUCCUUCGAUGAGAGCGAGUUUCAACGUAAUAAAGCUCUUCUUCCAGAGACUCUUGUCAACACAACUGAUUUUCAAGAUCUGAUGUUGAAUGAAGAUUGGGCAAGUUACAUGGUUUCCAUCCUUCGGGCAGAUACUGCAAUGAUGGGAGGGGGCGCAGUCCUCCUUGGAGCCCUCUACUACUACAAUACAUCGAACUUGGUUCAUGACCCCGACUUGGUCCUAUCAGCAGGAAGCGCUAAGCAGAGGUACUUUGGUGAAGUAUUACAGGCAUCUCUUGACCAGGGAAAGCUUCGCAACAGGUUUCUCUGCAAGGCUCGAUCCAUUCCGUUCAGACCCGAGUAG